UCCCCACUCCUCUCCAACUCUCCCAUCAGCACCACAGGGAUGUGAUACACUGACACACACAAGGCUGGAGCGCAACUUUACUCAGCAAGCCAGCGUUAUAUUUGGGAGUGGUUGUGGAUAACCAACGCGGCAGUUUAACUCCAAACUGAGUGGGGGUGGGGUGGGUAAAUUAGUUAAGUGUGUUUUUGUUUUCUUUUUCCUGAGGCAUCCAAUACAACUAAGCAGCCCUGUCCUGUGUUGUAUUUCCCAUAUGUCGCGAAAGCAGGUCGACCAUGACUACAGUCUCCGUAGUAUGAGCAACCUGAUGGGCGAGCGGUGGAAGAAAGUGAGCGACGGAGGAGAGCGGAGUCUCAUCAAGGCUCCGUCCAGCGCCAGCAUCAGCAGCCAGGGCGCCUCCGCCGCCACCUCCACCGCCGGUGCGCCAGCAGCUGCACCCCCCUCUUCCACCCCUUCCACCGGGGACCUGGAGCGCGCUGCCCGCAAGCAGUUCCAGCAGGAUGUCACGCCCGGCUUCGUCUACGUCCUGGCGGCGUUCUCCGCCCUGGGGGGCUUCCUGUUCGGCUACGACACCGGGGUGAUCUCCGGGGCCAUGCUCCUGCUCAAGAGGGAGCUGGACCUGAGCGCACUGUGGCAGGAGGUGCUCAUAUCAAGUACUGUGGCCGCGGCAGCCCUGUCUGCCCUGCUGGGCGGCUUCCUCAACGGGCUCUUCGGGCGCAGAGUGUGCAUACUGCUGGCCAGCUUCUUCUUCACCGUCGGGGGGAUCGUGCUGAGCACCGCCCCUGGCAAGGAGGUCCUCCUGGCGGGGAGGCUCAUCGUGGGAGUGGGGCUUGGUAUUGCCUCUAUGACAGUGCCGGUGUAUAUCGCCGAGGCCUCUCCGCCCCACCUCAGGGGUCAGCUGGUGACGGUUAACACCCUCUUCAUCACCGCUGGACAGUUCACUGCCAGCCUGAUUGACGGCGCCUUCAGUUACCUGCAGCACGAUGGGUGGAGGUACAUGUUGGGUCUGUCGGUGCUCCCCGCCGUGCUCCAGUUCAUGGGAUUCCUGUUCCUGCCCGAGAGCCCUCGCUGGUUAAUCCAGCGUGGGCUGACCCAGAAGGCCCGCCGUGUGCUCAGUCAGAUCCGAGGCAACCAGAAUAUUGAUGAAGAGUACGACAGCAUCAAGAACAGCAUUGAUGAGGAGGAGGACAGCGGAGGAGAUGGCCCUGUGAUCUGGCGGAUGCUGACCUACCCCCCGACUCGGAGAGCCCUCCUGGUGGGCUGUGGUCUUCAGAUGUUCCAGCAGCUUUCAGGAAUCAACACGGUCAUGUACUACAGCGCCACCAUCCUGCAGAUGUCAGGAGUGCGCAACGACAGACUAGCGAUCUGGCUGGCUGGACUCACCACCCUCACCAACUUCCUGUUUACCCUGCUGGGUGUGUGGCUGGUGGAGAGAGUGGGGCGCAGGAAGCUCACCUUAGCCAGCAUCAUUGGUACAUGUUUGAGUUUGAGUCUGCUGGCCAUUGGUUUUCUGCUGUCGGCACAGCACACGCCUCCUGUCACCUUCCACCCAUUAGACCCAUCUAUGGCUAACUCCACCUGCUCCAAAUAUCAACUGUGCGAGCCGUGCAUGCUGGACCCUGGAUGUGGUUUCUGUUAUCGUGAGAACGGCUCGGCGCUCCUCGCCUCCUCCUGUGUGCCAGUCAAUAAGGCCUCCACCGAGCACGCAGCAUGGGGAAGAUGCUCCAACUCCAGCCUGAUGAGAGAUCAGACCUACUGGGCCUACAACUACUGUCCCACCUCCUACUCCUGGCUGGUUUUAUUGGGUCUGGUGUUCUACCUGGCUGCUUUCGCUCCAGGGAUGGGUCCAAUGCCAUGGACCAUCAACUCAGAGAUCUACCCUCUGUGGGCGAGGAGCACAGGGAACGCCUGCGCAGCCGGAGUCAACUGGACCUUCAACAUCCUGGUGUCUCUCACCUUCCUGCACCUGGCUCAGUACUUCACCUACUACGGUGCUUUCUUCCUCUACUCCAGCCUGGCUUUGCUGGGUUUCUUCUUCAUCUACGGCUGCCUGCCAGAGACCAAAGCCCGCCGCCUGGAGGAAAUCGAAGCCCUGUUUGAAAACCAGCUCUGCUCCUGCGGCGCCUCUGAUUCAGACGAGGGACGGCAGGUUGAAUACAUCCGAGUCAAAGGUUCAAACUACCAUCUAUCGGACAACGACGCAUCUGACGUGGACUAGAGAGUUUGGGUGAUUAGUGAUACAUGCAGAGUGGUUGGGUCUGUGAUAUCUUUCUUUUUGUUGCGUGUGAGCUGAGGAGCCACAAGAGUUUUGCUUGUGUCAGUAAUGUGAGUGAGUUCACCUCCAAUCCAGUCAAUUCAGGAAUCCAAAAUCAGUGAUUUAAUAGCAGAAAGGGUCUUUUGUUUUCAGCCUAUUCUCUGAAUUGAGGGUGAACUGAUGACAAAUCUGGAGUCAAACCUGCUUUAGUGGACAGCUGAAUCUUCAACCAGGCACCACAAACAUCUCAAUUACAAAAGGCUUAAAGGAAAACUUCACCCACAAAAUGACCACUUUCAUGUUAAUUACUCAGCGUGUGAUACCCUGAAUAUGCGAAGAGAACUUUGUUUUUGUCAUAUGCCUCCACGGUGAAUGGAGGAUCCAAAGAAGGCGAACAUUCUUCAUGAGUUGAACAAAACAGGGUCCGCAUUUAACAACAGUAAAACUACAUUAAAACUAGGGCUGGGUAACGGUACUUAAUACCUUUAGUUGUAGAAAUGUCUGCAGUCAAUAGCAGCAUUUCAGUGAAACUUUACCUGAAUUGGAUUCUUUUUGCACAUUGGCCUGAUCCCACACCGUCCCAACUCCCUGCCUGGUAGGUAUGAUUUUUGUUGCUGCGUCUCCAGAGCUGUGCUCUUCGGCAAACUGUCAGCAAAGUUACUCUAUAGCAGAAGGUAUCCCAUUACAAGCUGCGCCAGUGGUACAAAAUGGUGUACACUUCUGGUCUCCCAGGUUCAAAACAAUACAACACUGCAUACUGUACAAAUUUAAUGUUUGUUCCUUAUUUGCUGCUCGUUUGUAUCUGCUGCUAAUCUUAAGUGGACCGUCUCGGUUAAUCAAUAGUCUCUGCUGUCAGUUCAUCGUCUGCCCGGUUAACACGGGCAAACACAGCAGCUGCUAACAUCCAACACCAAGCUGUUAACAGUGGUGGAGGAAGUACCUGAAAGACACACUUGAGUUAAAAUACAGAUAUCUUACAGAAAAAGACACUGGUAGAAGUUUAAGUCACCUAUUAGAAUAUUACUUGGUUAUAAGUAUUAAAAGUAUCUGGGGCCAGUUGCACAAAGCACCUCAAGUUUGCUCCUUAAGUAUGACACGAAAUACCUCACCAAUAACUGAUUGGAAAGACUGUGUUGCAUAAAUUGCAUCAAACCGCAGAGCAAUCAUUCAUUCAGCUUUAGAAAGUUGAGUGAUCCAACCCCUGACAGUAACAGUCAUGAAUUGACUUCUGGUGAAAUCUAAAGUGCAAAAUGAGAUGCUCAUCAUUUAGCGUGUCCAUCAGAUUCUCCUGCUCGUGGAACACUCUUUUCGGGAUGCCCUAAUUUUUCUCAUUUGUCUCCAUAAACUCAACCAUGCUGUGGUUAAGAUGGAGUCAGAGGUACUUUAUGUUUUUGUCCUUACUUUGGCUAGCGUGCAACAGUUUAACAAACUUUACGCAAUUCCUUAAGUAUAAGAGGAGAGAUUUUAAGGAAACCUUAAGGAGAGGACUUGAGGAUGUUUUGUGCAACCAAUUUUUUUUCAAGGAAACCUUAACUGAGACUUUAAGGAAAAUCUUAACUGAAGGUGCUUUGUGAAAUUACUGUACUUAAGUAUCAAAAGUAAUUUUAUUAAAUUGCAUAUAUUCAAAAGUAUUGAAAGUAAUAGUACAAAAUGAUAUUCAUACAAAACCAAGUGGUUUAUUUCUUCUUAACAUGAACACCACCUUAAAAAAGGACAAGUACAUUACACUUAAAAGAAUAACGAGGUCUUCUUCACAACUUUAAGGAUUUAAAGAAACCCGCUGACUAUCCAGGGCUGACACACUGCAGCAGAGCAGUCACCACGCUGUUACCUGACACAAAUCUUUAUUUCCUUGAAUCAUUACUCGCCCUCUCUGCUGUGGGACGCCAUUUUCUGCUUCUAUCAUCAAGCUGGUUUCAUUGUUGAUUGGAAUAUACUCACAAGCAUGUAACAUCUCAUCUGACAUGCAGCCUAGGCUUGACUGGAAAUCCAAAAUAGCAGCAUGCCAUUAACGCAAUUUAAAAAAAAUAACAUGUUACAUUCAGACCUUAAUCACCUCGUGAUUAACGCGUUAACGCUGACAGCCCUGCAAAUGGUCAUUUUGCAAGUGAAGUAUUUCUUUAAACACUGCCUUUUCCACACGUGUACAGGAAACAUGACUGCUGAAGACACACUGCAUGUACAAAAUACGAGGCACACGUCCUCUCUUAUGACGUCCACUGAUGGUGAUGUACUUUGCAAAAGGGGCUGCAGCUCAGCAUCAGUAAUAUGUUCCUAAUAUUUUGUACAUUUGUUGACUAAAUAUACUUUAUGAUUUACAUAUGACGUAUGUACAGGAUAAAAAACAAUCGGUAAUACACGUGAAAGUCAUUGUCAGAAUGCGUUGAGAACUCCAAUGUGGCGAUGAGAUCCAGGUUUGUGUGUCCACAGAACUUUUGACAGCAGUUGUAACUUAUUGUUGAUCUGUAGUACCAUUAUGCCUUUCUAUAUGAAACACGUCUCAGUUACAUGUUGUUUACGCUUGUAGCAUAGCACACUUCUGUCAGUUCCUCAUCUGAUGACGGUCUUUGUUUGUGCUUCUGAUAUUUUUUACGAAAAGCAAACACCAGAGAUGUACAGUAUAUUGUUCGAGUUUAGAAAACUUGUAUUGUCAGUCGGUGCCUAAACAGAACCACUCACCAAUCUAGUAGCACAGCUCAGUUGCUAUGGUUUAUAUUUAUUAAUUAAUUUAUUUAAAUACUGCAACAAAGUACUAAUUGCUUUAGGAUAGUCUAUGUUAAGUUUCAGGCCUGCAAUUCUGUUGCUCACCUGCCUCUAAAAAUUGCAGUUUUUAACAUAGUACUACGGAGAGGACAGUCUCGUGUCACUCUACUGCAAGGAAGCUGCCAAAACCUACACUUCCUGUUAUAAACCUGGGUAUUAAACAUGUAACGUCCAGCAAAGGAGGCCAGUGGUAGACUGAAACCAUGGUUUAAUGAUUGAGACUUCUCUUGUAUUUCCUAAACAUGAUGAUAUUAGUGCCUGUGUAUUGUGAAGGUCCCUAAUGGCCACCCCGAAGUGGGUGUAUGAUAUCAUGUUAUGAUAAUUAAGUCUGCAUAGCUUUUUUUUUAUUUGAAAUGUACAUAUUUGCAUUGCACCGUGAAUGAAAUGUUUUUGGGGUUUUUUUACCGUCAUUUCAUGUAUUUUGAUUUCCGUCUUCCUCCAUAGCCUUAUGUACAAAUAGCAAAGCGUAUCAUUUACGUGGUUCUCGUGUCAAAAGUCGAGGAGUAGGCUUUAGCGUAAUUUGCCAAUGUUGUUUUGUAAAAAGUGUAAAAUUGUGUGAGGUUACACCUUGUUAGUCAAACACACAUAGGUUUCUGUGUAGCAAAAGCUGUUUGAAAGUAGAAUACAGUGUAACUUUGUGUAACAAAACAAAACUAAGGCGUACUGUGUCCGAUGAUCAGGUGAAGGACAGUCCAUAAUUUUUGACACGUGGGUCCUCACCCACCAUGAUUUAAUAAGAUAUAAUACUUCUUUUUAAAAAACUUUCAAUGAAGAAGCUCUUCAUCAAAUGCCGUGGCAUGAUGUUAUGACAUUUUCAGUGACCUGUGAAAGCUGAAUGAAGUAUUUGCUCCAAGUAUUGUGAUAUUUCUGGUAUUGUCAAGGUGUCACAUUUACAUAUGGUUGCCUUUGGAAAUUAUUCAUCCGCAGGGUUCCCACACAUUCCACAACUUCUCUACAAUAUUGUACCCAAUUUCUAUGACUUUAUUUUAGUAGUUUAAACUGGGUAGGCCUAUUUAACUUGCCUGUUUAACAUUCCCACCUCCGACAAGCUGUACAUGCCCACUGCCAAUAGACAAGAUCAGUGUAACACUGAAAUCCAUGACCUGUCAGAUUCUGUGACCGCAGAACUAGACUCCCUUAAAAAUCGCUGAGUUUUGUGUGUUGUUGAGUGGUUAGUGUUUAGAGGUUCAUCAUACAGUGGUAUCUAACAAAUUAGCACCCCACGAACAACCUUACGUAACUAACGUAAAUUUACGUACUUAAUGUAAAGUUAGCUUGGGUUUAGGCGAGUAAAAUUACAUUGGUUAGUUUUAGGAAAAGUUUUAGUUGUCAAUGCAACUGGAUUAUAAUUUUGACAAGUUUGUAUGUAUUUACUUCUUGUUAAACGUUAAGUGAUUGCCUAACAAAUUAAGGUUGAGCACCGUCAUGUCCUGUCAGUUGUCCCCUGUCAAAGUCUAUCAGUGACCCAACACAGUGGUUGGGUAUUUCAUGUAUAGAUGUCCGGAUCAUGACACAUAGUGAUUCAAUUAAAUGUAGAUAUUUGAUUGAAUCACGAGGUACCAUAAGGCUGAGUGUUGUCUGUACAUGACCAACCUGUUAAUGGGCAACUGUUAGACCUAGGCUGAGAUUUAGUUGGAGACGACAGUCAGAUGCUGCUAUAUGACUGUGCUGCAGCAGCUUCCCACUCAAGCUAACGUUAGCUCUCCAUCCGCAGUAACUGUUACCAGCAUUAUUCAGCGACUUACCACACUGACAGUGAAUAUUGAGUAUCUUAUGUGCCUCAAAUCUCAGUGUGAAAGCUUUGGUUAACCUGCAUCACAAAAGCUUUUAGUCAUUUUCCUGUUUCCUUUGCUGAUGUGAUGGUGUGUUUCUUUCCCCCAAAAGAGGGCGGAGCCUUGGCGAUGACACCAUACUGGUCUAGUCUAUGUGUAUCACGUGACAUUAGAUUUUAAAUUAAUAGUUCUAGGAAUGUAUGUUGCCUAACAUUAGACAUGUUUUGGACAGCGCAUAUUCAAUAAUUUUCCAAAACAUUCUGUUAUUUCCAAAAACAAUUUUCAGACCGGAAUUUCAUGACCAUGGGAACCCUGAAUCAGUAUAUUUGAAAUAUGGAUCAUAUUAUUCUCAUCAAUGGUGACACUAAUAAAAUGGCUUAAAAACACCCACAUGAGGAAACCCUAUAACUGUCACAACACACUAACAAUAUUACUGUAUGCUUUCGAAAAUGGUCAGCAUUUAAAAUAAGCUUGUCAACCCUUUCAUUCGAUGGAGACUAGUUUAAAAGUGGGGAAAAAUUGCUGAUUAUAAUUCAAAAUGUGAUGGUAUUGUUAUAUCUGUUAUUUUCAUUUGGUCCAGGAUGAGCUGACUUAAAACCACACCAACUAGUUUUGUACUUAAAGUAUUAUUACAGGUAACACACACACACAUACACACACACACACGGAUGAAGCUCCGUAACACAGACUGUGUAAUAAAACUUGUGUUGACCAAAUAUUUAGCGUGAUUGUUUCAGCUGUUGACAUCCAGUCGUGUUGACACUGUCCUCUGCCCACUGUGGGGACAUUUAAUGUGUACUUCUGGUGAAAUGGUUGCAAAUUUUUUUCUAUGUGAACCAACUAUGUGUGUUUCUACGGUUUACGAGGAACGACAAAAACACUAAUUAAAAAAAAAAAAACAGUGCUGUAUAGUAUAUUUGAUUAUUGUUCAAGCUGUAUAUGUUUUGCUAGAGUUUAUAUUCUAUAAAAAAAAUAUCUUCAUGAAAUCUUAACACUUGAAUAUGUAUAC